GUACGGUUUGAGACGAAUACAUGGUCCUGAAGGCCAAAGCAAUUCCAUGGAAGACUUGUUGAAGAUACAUCACUGCUAUUACUGCAAGCAACCACAUUAUAGAAUGAUGGAUCAUCUUCAGUCAGUUCAUCCUAAUGAGCCAGAGGUGGCAAACGCUCUUACCUUUGACAAGAGCUCACAAGAAAGGAAACAUCUCUUGAACCUCCUUCAAACUAAGGGAAAUGUUUUACACAGCACAAAUGUGGUUCAAAGUAGUAAACAAGAUUUAAAAACAUUUGUACCAGACUGCUCAUUUGAUGAUAGUGUUUAUUGCAUCUACUGUUUAGGGUUAUUUAACAAGAAGUAUUUUGCUACGCAUUUAGAGCAGUGCAAGGGCAAAUCAACUGACAGUGCUGAGGCUAGCUGUGGUGAAAUUCUUCUCAAUGCUGGGCCCGUUCCUCCAACUCCCACACUUACUUCCCCCUGGAGUCCGGAAGAGAUGGAUGCAAAUCUAGAACCAUCAGGUUUUCAUUGGCUAAAUACCACCUAUGGAACAGAGCAGCUAAAUUUGGAUAAUGAACAAGGAAGUUCUUCCCAUCAAGAUGUCACAUGCAGUGUAGGGCAACCAGAUGUCUCAAGUCCAAAUGAGGGGGUUAGAAAUAAUGGGCAGACAGAGGGUGAUAAUUUACAAUUCAGACAUUCUCUUAAAAAUGAAGUCCGCUAUGAUUUUAUGUCGGGUAGUUUUCCGUAUCAAAGCACUGGUCAAGAAUCAACAGACUGUAAGAAUGAAGAAAUAAGUCUCCCAAAGUGUGAUGUUGAUCAAGAAAGGACAGUGACGGCAACAUCAGACACCUGCUCCAUCAAAGCUCACCCAGAAUACAACGUUCUCAGAAAUAUGUUUGAUGAUUUCAGUCCACCUCACAGCAACCGAACUGUGUCUAAUGACAGUGUGAAAGCCAAAACCCAUGGAAAAGGAAGGAAGAGGAUGAGGAAGAGGCGCUCACGUAUCCAAAAUGAGUCACUGAUCAUGGGUGAUGACUUGCUAGGUGAAGGAGAGAUGCCUAGUUCAAAAAUACAUGUCUGCCAGCACUGCAGGGCAACUUUGUGCAGCUCCUACACGCUGCGCAGACAUGAAUACACUCACACAGGUGAGAGGCCAUUCUGGUGUCAUCACUGUAAUGUGGGAUUCAUCCAGAAGUAUCGCCUUUUAAAGCACACAUUUGCAUACCAUGGGGACACGUUAACUAACACAGACCAGGAAAAACCGAAAAGGCCGAAGAGAAGAAUACAAAGUGGAGAGACAUCAGUGAAGGAUGACGCUAGCCUUGAGCCAUCAGCAAAGAGCCCUGUUAAUGAUGAAACUGAGGAAAAUGUUGCAGCCACAAAGCAAGACACUUUUGUUUCAGACACAGAGGUGAGAGUGUUCCACUGGGAAGAAGCAGGUCACAGCAAAGUCAAAGACACAAAUUGCUAGAAGUUAUGGUUUACAUCUUAGUGUUGUUUCUUUUAUAAGUUACAACAUAUGUUUUAUUUGUUUUGUAAAUAUGUUUUACAUUGUUUUACGAAGUUGACUGAAUCUGAUAAUGUUAAAUACUUUUAUGGAAUGGUUCAUUUUGGCCUGUUGUAUUAUACAGAUCAUAGCAUAUGUUUAUUAACUCCAGAUUGAGAAUAAAAACAAAGGAUAGAGAAA